GAUUCGAAGAUGUCGGAUAUGGACGGCGGCGCGAUGCUGAACGUCCACGGUCGAUUCCCGGUUCGAAGCCGUCGAUCGAGCCCCGUGCUUAUUCCAAGAAGGGAGGUGUGGUGAGCCUCGCGAACGAGCAACCGCCCCGUCCUUCGCCCCUCGCCCCUCGCUUACGGAGGAGCGCGUUUCUUAAUUUCGAGCAGCACUGUGCGCGACGACGCGCCAUCGGAUCGGAUCGGAUUGUUGCUUCCCACAGACGAAAUCCUCGGUGUGCAUCUGGAUCUUUCUCGGCUUUAAUGAUCCACGCGGAUCUGAGAGAUUGCGAUGACAAAAUCCGGGACGGAGAAGAGGAGGGUUCGGCGAGCCCCGCAGAAUGGGGGGAGAGAUCCGACCGACACCGCGUCCAAGAAGAAUACUCCGGGUAAAGAUGUUUUCCAGCUGUUUGCUGAAAAGGUUAGAGACAAUAAAAAGUUGGAAUCAAGAUGGGCCAUCAUGCAAGAAACAAGAGUUGAGUACUUUAGAGGCAAAGACUUUACAGUCUUUUUGAGAAAUUAUCCAGAGGUCAAGGAAAUUCUUGCUUAUGAUAAGGAUCUAGAAGUAGCAGAUAUCAUAAAUACACUAUUAAUCAAAAACCUUUUGGUGAGAUGUGAUCGUGUGCUUAAAACGGUUAGGCCUGGGAAGAAAAAGUUGUCCUCAUGGCCUGCUCAUCUUGAGAUUCAUUCUGAACAAGUAUUCUCUGAAAAUGAUGGUUUUUUUGCAUGGACUUUCAUGAAAAGGCGGACCCUGUGGCAAACAAUUCUUUCGUUUCUUUGGCCACUUGUUGCACUAGCGGUGUGCCUAUUUCCUGUAUACCCUUACCAAUGCAAGAUUGUUGUUCUAUACGCCUGUGCUGGAGCUUUGUUGUUCUUGGUUACACUGCUGCUUAUUCGAGGAGCUAUCUUUGGCAUUCUAUACAUUAUUUUGGGAAAGCGCAUCUGGUUUUUCCCCAAUAUAAAUGCCGAGGAAACAACAUUUAGAGAGCUAAUUCGAUUUUGGCCAAAGAAGGAUGAAGAAGAGCCCCCAAAAUGGACAUCAAGGAUUACAUUUGCCAUUGGGACUGCGUUGAUUGUGGUUUUGCUUCGGCAUCAUGCUCCCAACGAGGCUGCUAGAGCUAGAUACCAGAAGAAGGUUUACAACAUUAUCGAUGAUGUCCUCGAGUGGUCUCCAAAGCUAGCAUUAUCGGGGAUGAUGGAGAAGCAACACCCUCUUGUUAACGGAACAGAGACAAACUUUACAAAAGAAGAGAAUCAAUCAGCCAAUACUGAAGAUUUGGUUCAAGAGGCUGAUAGAGAUUCAGCUCAAGUUUAGUAAUACAGGAUUACAAUUAUCCAAAUUUUACUUGCUCAUCUUCUGAAUCUUGAAUUUUGAAUGAAGAAUUUUGUGGGUUCAGGAAGCUGAUCGAGAAUCUUGAAGUACAUUUGCUACAAUAUUUGAUUAAUAUCAAGUCUUUUACUUUUGAUGA